GUGAAAUAUGAAAGUUCUUGGUUACUUUUUAGUUUUUGCGGUGCAUUUCGAUGCCACUUUGUUGAAUUCGCUAGACUGUGCCGUUUACGACUACGCGGAUGUGGCCUACGCUUUGAGCGCGUGUGACGUUAUCAGACUUAAGGAUUUCGUAGUUCCCGGGAAUGCCACUUUGCACCUCAAUCUUAAGGAAGGAUCAACCGUUUACUUCGAAGGGGAGUUAUCGUUUGAAUUUUUCGAAUGGGAAGGACCUCUCGUUUUAGUAGAAGGAAGUAACAUAAAUAUUGUCGGAGGUAAAGAUGGUGUUCUCCAGGGACGAGGCGAGUUGUACUGGGACGGAGAAGGUUCGGGUGGUGUCAAGAAACCGAAAUUUUUCACUAUCCAAAACACCAUUAAUGCUAUUUUUGAUAAAGUUAAUUUGGUUAAUUGUCCGAGACAUUGCACGACAAUUAGCAAUUCUGAAAAUAUUACAAUUCUUAAUUGGAAAGUAGACGUUUCCCUGGGAGACGAAAAAGCAGCUAAUGGACACUCAGCAGGCGCAAAUACGGAUGGUUUCGACAUCUCGAAUGCGACUAACGUCGUUAUCCGAAAUUCGACUGUGAGGAAUCAGGACGAUUGUGUUGCCGUCAACGAGGGUGCCAAUAUGCAUUUCUCCAAUCUCUUCUGCUCGGGAGGUCACGGAUUAAGUUUGUCGGUUGGUUUCAACGGGAGCAGCAAUAUCGUUAAAAACGUCACGUUCACUGAUUCCGUGGUUGAAAAUUCCCGGAAUGGGAUCCAUAUAAAAGUGCACACGGAUGCCGGCACCGGAUUGAUAGAAGAUGUUCGUUACAGCAAUAUUAUAGUCGCAAAUGCACAAAAGUACGGCGUUAACGUUGAACAAAACUACCAUCAUUCGGGAGCUAGCGGAACAGCUACUAGCGACAUCCCAAUAGUUAACCUGCGACUCACGAACGUUACUGGUACCGCAACCUCCGAGAGCGUCGUACCAGUUUAUAUACUUUGCGGGAGUACCGGGUGCAAGAACUGGGAUUGGUCCGACGUUAAUAUUACUGGAGGAACGCUGAGCGUUUGCAAUUAUUUACCAGCAGGUUUUUCAUGUUAGUGGUAGUGGUUUUGUGCUAAACCGAAAAUUUAUGUUUCUUUGUAAAAUACAGAACCCUUUUUGUCAUUU